AUGCCUGGCAGCAACAGCAACAAAGCACGCAUCUACUUCUGCGUCUACUUCCAGCAGGGCCCGACCGGCACCAACGGCAACCCCCGCGUGUUCCACUGCGGCCUCUGGGUGGAGGACAAGAACAGCCGCGGCGGCGGGCACUACUUCCACGUGCAGUACCACCCGCCCUACAGCAACCGCCCCAACGAGCCCUCGGGCUGGCUCUACGACUCGUCCGUGGCGCGGUCGAGGGUGGCCAACUGGAAGCAGUCGAGCCAGCUAAUCGGGCGCAUCCUGCUCGGCAAGCUGGCCGCGGGCGUCACGGCGCAGCACGUCCACCAGGUCUGCUCGACCGUCACCCUCCCGCGCGGCAACGAGGACUGCUGGGACUGGACGGGGCGCGCCAUCGGCGCCAUCCAGGACCAGCGCUGGCUCGCGGCCCACCGCUGGAGCGGCAGGGACGGGCUGCGCGCCAGUGCGUACUCGCGGGCCUGCGCUUGGUGGGAGAAGGACAGGCAGAGGCUGCCUAGCAAGGUGCACUACUGGGAUAUCUAUGGAACGGAGAGCGCCCACUGUGUGGUUAUGUGA